AUGCUGCCCACAACCUCUCGCCUAGGCAUCUUGUCCAAGAUCGCCAAAACGCUGCGCAUCGGCAACGCCAAGUACAUCGUCGGCUCGGACCUCAACGGCAACUCGUACCUCGAACUGCCCUCUCUCUCCGGCUCCCUCGAUCCACGGCACACACGCCGAUCGAUCCAAUGGGCCGAAAAGCGCGAGCUGGGAGACUACGACCAACGCUCCAUCCCUGUCCAGUGGGUCAUGUGGUUGCGGCACACCAGACGAGAAGCUCCGACCAUCGAAGAGCUGGUCAAGGACCGCGAGCGAAUCCUUUUGACGCAGGCGAACGCGGCAAAGUUGGCGUUGGAGGAUCAGCAGAGGAGGGAGAGGGAGCAGCAGGCGAGGUUGGACGAGCACGAGGGGGCCAAGUUGAGAGCGCAGCAGAAGCUGGUGGAGAGUGCGGCUGGAAAAGUGCCGACGAACACGGUGGUGGACGAGGGGGUGGAGGAGCAGGCUGGAGAGAGGGUGAGGCAGGAAGCGAGAGGCGAGGGAGGCAGGUUGGAGCAGGAGCGAAGUCCGGAUGAGGAUGUGUGGGCCGCGAGUAGGGCUAGACUCACUGCCAAAGGCCAAUUGGAUCCGACGACGGCGCAGAGUCAGGAAGCGGAGGUGCCGGAAUCGCUGCAACAGGCGAUGGAUCGCAGGGCGGCGAGAAGAGCGGGUAGGAACGACGAGGAUGCAGAGAGGGAAAGGGCACGCAGGGAAAUGAGCAAGUCUCCCCUCGAUGCUUUCGUGCCCAUGCCAAAGGCGAGGCGGUGA